CGGCCCCUCGUGCUCUGCCCGCGGAGACGGUGGGUGGCAUCGCCGGGGUCCCGGGGCGCGCGAGCCGAGCCGAGCGGAGCAGGGGGGAUCCAGCAGCAGCCGCUCCUCCGGAGCAUGUGUUCGCCGCCGCGCUCCGGCUCCCGGCGGCCGGGCGUCCCCGCGGCUUGAACCCGCCGGCCAGGAGCCCUGCUGGGCAGCGGAGUUAUGGGGCCGGCGAGGCGCUGACCGGACGCCCGGGAGAGGAGCCGCAGCAGCGCCCGAGCGGAGCCCGGGAAGGCGCCUGGCUUUGCCCCCCAGCGGGAUUGGGGCUGUGCUCGGCGGCGAGCAGCGGGGCUGGACCGGGCGGAGAGCGGCGGGCUGCAGCCCCGAGGAGCGGCGGAGCCCGGGUCGCCCCGCCGGGGGCCGGAGCCCGCAGACCCCCGCGGGAAGCAGGGAGGGGCGGGCGAGCAGGAUGCCCCGGAGCGGCCGCUGCCCCGCGCCCCCCGCCAUGUGCGUCUUUCGCCCGAGGGGAGCCCGGCUCCUGCGCCCGGGGCCGGCGAGCCUGCCCGCCUGCUAGGCGCCCCGAGCUCGCCCCGCCCGGGACUCCGCUCCUUCCUUUGUUCCAGUUUUGGCCCCCGCGGGGCAGCUUCGUGGCCGGGCUCGCCUGAGAGCAGACGCCGCUUGGGGCCGGUGGGGGGGUGACCUGGUGGCCGGUGAUCUCCUGCGAUGUACCCCCAAGGCAGGCACCCGGCUCCCCACCAGCCUGGGCAGCCGGGCUUCAAAUUCACGGUGGCUGAAUCCUGCGAUCGGAUUAAGGAUGAAUUCCAGUUUUUGCAAGCCCAGUAUCACAGUCUUAAAGUGGAGUAUGAUAAGCUUGCGAACGAAAAGACAGAAAUGCAGCGCCAUUAUGUUAUGUACUACGAAAUGUCAUAUGGUUUGAAUAUUGAAAUGCACAAACAGACCGAGAUUGCUAAAAGAUUGAAUACAAUUCUAGCUCAAAUCAUGCCUUUUCUGUCACAAGAGCACCAACAGCAGGUUGCCCAGGCUGUUGAGCGUGCCAAGCAAGUGACAAUGACAGAGCUGAAUGCUAUCAUCGGGGUACGUGGACUUCCAAAUCUGCCUCUCACCCAGCAGCAGCUCCAGGCCCAGCACCUCUCCCAUGCUGCUCACGGCCCCCCGGUACAGCUGCCUCCUCACCCUUCAGGCCUUCAGCCGCCAGGAAUCCCUCCCGUCACGGGGAGUAGCUCAGGACUGCUGGCUCUCGGGGCCCUCGGGAGCCAAGCCCACUUGGCCGUUAAAGAUGAGAAAAACCAUCACGACCUGGAUCACCGAGAGCGAGACUCAAAUGCAAAUAAUUCUGUCUCGCCAUCAGACAGCCUGAGAGCUAGUGAGAAACACAGGAGUUCUACAGACUACAGCAUCGACGCCAAAAAGCGGAAAGCGGAGGAGAAGGACAGCAUGAGCCGCUAUGACAGCGACGGUGACAAGAGCGAUGACCUGGUGGUCGACGUCUCCAAUGAGGAUCCAGCUACACCCCGUGUCAGCCCAGCCCACUCGCCGCCUGAGAACGGGAUAGACAAAACCCGAGGGCUGAAGAAAGAUGCUCCAAACAGCCCUGCCUCCGUCGCCUCGUCCAGCAGUACGCCGUCCUCGAAGACUAAAGACCUGGGCCAUAACGACAAAUCAUCCACGCCUGGGCUCAAAUCAAACACUCCGACGCCAAGGAACGAAGCCCCAACUCCUGGGACGAGUACCACUCCAGGCCUUCGGUCUAUGCCGGGCAAACCAGCGGGCAUGGACCCAUUGGCGUCUGCCCUGAGGACCCCCAUCUCCAUCACUGGCCCCUAUGCGGCUCCCUUCGCCAUGAUGGGACACCAUGAAAUGAACGGCUCUCUGACGAGCCCGGGGGCCUACGCCGGGCUCCACAACAUCCCGCCCCAGAUGAGCGCCGCUGCUGCCGCCGCCUAUGGCCGAUCGCCAAUGGUGAGCUUUGGAGCUGUCGGCUUUGACCCGCAUCCGCCCAUGAGGGGCCCCGGUCUCCCCACAAGCCUUGCGUCCAUACCCGGCGGGAAGCCAGCCUACUCGUUUCACGUAAGUGCUGAUGGGCAGAUGCAGCCGGUCCCAUUCCCUCAUGACGCCCUGGCUGGCCCCGGCAUCCCAAGGCACGCUCGGCAGAUCAACACACUAAGUCACGGGGAGGUGGUAUGUGCUGUGACCAUUAGCAAUCCAACCAGACACGUGUACACCGGAGGAAAGGGAUGUGUGAAGAUAUGGGAUAUCAGCCAGCCAGGCAGUAAGAGUCCCAUUUCGCAGCUGGAUUGUUUGAACAGAGACAACUACAUCCGUUCCUGCAAACUCCUCCCCGACGGCCGCACCCUGAUUGUGGGAGGGGAAGCGAGUACGCUUACGAUCUGGGACCUGGCAUCCCCGACACCAAGGAUCAAGGCUGAAUUGACCUCCUCUGCCCCAGCAUGCUACGCUCUGGCAAUCAGUCCUGAUGCAAAAGUCUGCUUCUCCUGUUGCAGCGACGGCAAUAUUGCUGUGUGGGAUCUCCACAACCAAACGCUGGUUAGGCAAUUCCAAGGCCACACAGAUGGCGCAAGCUGCAUAGAUAUCUCGCAUGAUGGUACAAAAUUAUGGACAGGAGGUCUGGACAACACGGUGCGUUCCUGGGACCUUAGGGAAGGAAGACAGCUCCAGCAGCACGACUUCACUUCCCAGAUCUUCUCGCUGGGUUACUGCCCCACCGGUGAAUGGCUUGCGGUGGGCAUGGAGAGCAGUAACGUCGAGGUGUUGCACCACACCAAACCGGAUAAAUACCAGCUUCACCUGCAUGAGAGCUGCGUCCUUUCUCUGAAAUUUGCCUACUGUGGUAAAUGGUUUGUGAGUACAGGAAAAGAUAAUCUUCUCAAUGCCUGGAGAACGCCAUAUGGAGCAAGCAUAUUCCAGUCGAAAGAAUCCUCCUCUGUCUUAAGUUGUGACAUUUCAGCAGAUGACAAAUACAUUGUUACAGGCUCUGGUGACAAGAAGGCCACAGUCUAUGAGGUCAUCUAUUAAACAAGGAUUUUAACAGGGCUGUCAACUCUGAAUAUUAGGCUCGAGUCUGACAAGACAAUGGCAAAAUUCUGAAGGAUGUAGGAAAAGGAAAGGAGAGCAGCCAUGCAUUGAGAGCGUUUCCUGCCAGGCUGUGUAAUGUGGAUCUUCAUGGACUCCGAGUAAUGUACAUGGACUGAUGCGUUUCAGCAAUUUUUAUUUUAAGCCGUGGCAUAUCUGGAUGUAUUUGGAGGUCUGUGAAUACGGCACACAUUGAAGCCCUAAACAGGUUUUGUUUUGGUUUUAGGGUUUUUGUUGUUGUUCUUUUGUCUGCGCUUUGGUGGCACUAUAAAGGAC